AUCAUUCCGCCAUUUUGUCAGCCAUUUCCUAGACGGGUCCGCUGCAGAUCAGCACUUACAGAAAGAGCGAAACCCCUCCUGCACAGGCCGCUGUUCGGGACUGAAUGAGAGACUAGAGCUCCAGCGGGCCGGUCAGCACUCAGAUAUAGCCCGUGUUCGCGGUUCGGUCCGGUCGGACAGGAGGGAAAUCAUCAUGGCUCUGAAGAUCGUGAAGGGAAGCAUCGAUCGGAUGUUCGAUAAAAACCUGCAGGAUUUAGUACGUGGCAUUAGGAACCAUAAGGAAGAUGAGGCCAAAUACAUCUCUACCUGCAUCGAUGAGAUCAAACAAGAACUCAAACAGGACAACAUCGCCGUUAAAGCCAACGCCGUCUGCAAGCUCACCUACUUGCAGAUGCUCGGCUAUGAUGUGAGCUGGGCUGCUUUCAACAUUGUGGAGGUCAUGAGCUCCUCCAAAUUCACUUAUAAGCGAAUUGGCUACCUUGCUGCGUCCCAAUGCUUUCACGAGGGCACUGAUGUCAUCAUGCUGACGACCAAUCAGAUCCGCAAGGAUCUCAGCAGUCCAAACCAAUAUGACACCGGUGUGGCUCUGACUGGCCUCUCCUGCUUCGUGACCCCUGACCUCGCUCGUGACCUCGCCAAUGACAUCAUGACUUUGAUGUCGCACACCAAGCCGUACAUUCGCAAGAAGGCCGUGCUGAUCAUGUACAAAGUGUUUCUGAAGUACCCAGAAUCCCUGCGUCCUGCUUUUCCCCGACUCAAGGAGAAGCUGGAGGAUCCUGAUCCUGGUGUCCAGUCAGCGGCUGUGAACGUCAUCUGUGAACUGGCUAGAAGAAAUCCUAAGAACUACUUGUCGCUGGCGCCCCUGUUCUUCAAACUCAUGACCUCCUCCACCAACAACUGGGUUCUCAUCAAGAUCAUUAAGCUGUUUGGUGCUCUCACUCCUUUGGAGCCUCGUUUGGGAAAGAAGCUGAUUGAGCCCCUGACAAACCUCAUCCACAGUACCUCGGCCAUGUCGCUUCUCUAUGAGUGCGUCAACACAGUUAUAGCAGUGCUGAUCUCGCUGUCUUCUGGGAUGCCCAAUCACAGUGCAAGCAUACAGCUCUGUGUGCAGAAACUGCGAAUCCUGAUUGAAGACUCGGACCAGAACUGUGAGCCUUCUGUCAAUGCCUGCAUGAAGUACUUGGGUCUUCUGGCCAUGUCAAAGAUCCUAAAGACGCACCCGAAGUCUGUGCAGUCACACAAAGACCUGAUCCUGCAAUGUUUGGAUGACAAAGAUGAGUCCAUUCGCUUGAGAGCUCUGGAUCUGCUCUACGGCAUGGUCUCAAAGAAGAACUUGAUGGAGAUUGUGAAGAAGCUCAUGCUGCAUGUGGACAAAGCUGAAGGCACCACUUACAGAGAUGAGUUGCUCACCAAGAUCAUCGACAUCUGCAGCCAGAGCAACUACCAGUAUAUCACUAACUUCGAAUGGUACAUCAGUAUCCUAGUAGAACUGACUCGUCUCGAGGGCACCAGGCACGGCCAUCUAAUCGCUUCUCAGAUGCUGGAUGUUGCCAUUCGCGUCAAAGCCAUCCGAGCCUUCGCUGUGGCUCAGAUGGCCACUCUGCUGGACAACGCACACCUGCUGACUGGCAACACACAGCGCAACGGGAUCUGCGAGGUUCUCUACGCCGCCGCAUGGAUCUGUGGGGAGUUUGCAGAGCAUCUGGAGGACCCUAUGCUGACACUAGAGGCCAUGUUGAGACCCAAGGUGGCCACCCUGCCCGGUCACAUCCAGGCGGUGUAUGUGCAAAACGCUGCCAAGCUGUUUGCAACAGUGCUGCAGAAGCAUGAAGGGGAGACGGACAGUCAGGCCGCUCAGGAGACCAGCCAGCUGCUUAUCGACAGACUGCCGCUGUUUGUCCAGAGUGCCAACCUAGAAGUGCAAGAGAGGGCAUCCUGCAUCCUCCAGCUGGUGAAGUACAUCCAGAAGCUGCAGCAGAAGAAUGUGGAGGUGGCUGAGGAAGUGACGGCCCUCUUUGCUGGAGAGCUCAACCCUGUGGCCCCCAAGGCCCAGAAGAAAGUGCCUAUACCAGAAGGUCUGGAUUUGGAUGCCUGGAUCAAUGAGCCUCCAUCAGAGAGCGAAUCAGAGGACGAGAAGCCCAAAGCGGUGUUCGCUAAAGAGGAGCCCAAGCAUUCCAGAUCGAGACACACUGAGGUGGAUGAGAAAGAGCUGGCCAGGAGGAGGGAGGCAAGGAAGCAGGAACAGGCUAACAACCCGUUCUACAUCAAGGCCUCGCCAUCAUCACAGAAGGUUUAUGAUGCGCCAGGAGUUGAACACAUCCCAGUGGUGCAGAUUGACCUUAGUGUGCCUCUCAAAGUCCCAGGGAUGCCCAUGUCUGACCAGUACGUCAAGCUGGAGGAGGAGCGCCGGCAGAAGGAGAAGGCCGACAAGAAGAAGAAGGAGAAGAAGAAAAAGAGGGAAAAGCGAGGGAAAGGGAGGAAGGGGGAUUCAGGUCCCGAGAGCGAGGAGGACAUCACACCUGCUCACCAUGUGGACAUAGUCACAGAGGAAAUGCCAGAGAAUGCCUUACCAAGUGAUGAUGAUGAUAAAGAUCCCAAUGACCCUCAUAAAGCUCUGGACAUCGAUCUGGACAAUCUGCUCUCUGGUGCUGGAUCACGGCCACUUGCAGACAGUGAGAAGCUUCCAGUGAGGACCCAUCGUCCAGAGGUGCUGAAGAGCCCUGCGGAGGACAGAGACGACAACACUAUCCCGCAGGAGACCAAGAAGAAGAGCAGCAAGGACAAGAAGGAGAAGAAGAAAGACAAGGAGAAGGACAGAAAGAGGAGCAAAGAGGACAAGAAGAAAAAGAAGAAGCACAAAGAUGUGGAGGAGGAGCUUCCCGAGUCCCUGCCUGAAGAAGUCGUCCAAUCAGAGGAGACCAAAGAGGUGGCAGUUCCGCCCACAUCUGCUGAUGCCUCGGAUCUGGAUUUCUGGCUCUCUAGCGCUCCUGUUCCCCCCGUGGCCCAGGUAGUGACGGUGUCCUCGUCUGCUGCUGCUGCUACUGUCGACUCGAGCUCUGCAGCUGCUGCAGAGUCUGAGCCUGAGGAGCUCAAAGACACUGAGCCAGAUGACACUAAAUCAUCUAAACACAAGAAGAAGAAGCAGAAGAAGGAAAAGGAGGAGAAGGAGAAGAAAAAGAAGAAGCGUCACCACCACCAUCAUCAUCAUCACAGUGACGCCGGUGCGGAGGAUUCAGUGCAGAAUGGCACCGUAGAGGACGAGGAGCCGCUGCCGCCCAUGUCCAACUACUCUCUGCUGGCUGAGAACUCCUACAUCAAGAUGAUGAAAGAAGAUGCUGAUCAGGUCUGUGACAUUCAGGGCAACCAUCAGGACGAGAGUAAAGUGGUGGUGUCGGUCAUCUUCGAGAACAAGAGCGACAGCUUUCUUAAGUCCAUGGAGUUCAAUGUGCUGGAUUCGCUCAACUCCAAACUGCAGCGGCCGGACGGAGCAGGACCCCACGACGGCCUCACCGUCCCCUUCCAGUUGCCGCCAGGGGUGUCAAAUGAGGCCCGUUUCGUAUUCUCGGUACAGAGUAUCGUCAUGCCGCAGAAACUGAAGGGAACCCUCACGUUUAUAGUUAAGACGGAUGAAUCCUCCACUCACGAGAAACUGGACUUCAAACUGCACUUUACAUGCACGUCAUACCUGAUCACCACUCCCUGCUACAGUGAUGCAUAUGCAAAGCUGCUGGAGUCGGGCGACCUGAAGGGCAGCUCUCUGCGGCUCGAGGGGGUCAACAUGCCCUUCCACCACCUGCUGGCCAGGAUCUGCUUCCACCAUCACUUCUCUGUUGUGGAGAGGAUUGACUCCUGCGCCUCUAUGUACAGCAGGUCCAUCCAGGGUCACCACGUCUGUUUGCUGGUCAAAAGUUCUGAUCAGACCGUCUCCAUCGACGCCAAGUGCGACGAGCCAUCGCUGCUGGGGAAUGUGUUGGAUGAGAUCAAGCAGACCUUCUCGAAAUGCUGACUGUGACCCGCGGCCCACAGCACCCCGAAACCCCCCUGACCCCCUCUCAAAACCCAGCGCCAGAGCGGAGACUCAUAUUCCUCCUCUCUCAACCUCUUCCUUUGUAUUUAUUGGAUCGGUCGUUCUGCUGUUCUUCUUUUAAGACCACACAUUUCCAGCCCGUCUCUUGCCUUUGUUUGACGUGCAUUUGGCUUUUCUGAUCUCGCUCCUCAUCCUCUGCUUAUCCUUGUCUUUCCAUUGUCUUAACGGUUCAUGACGUUUUGUCUUGAGAACUGGAUUUUUUUGGUCAUUGUCGAUGCUUUGAGUUGUGUGCUUUUUUUUUCUUCUUUUUUUUCUUUUGUGUUGUUUGUUGCUUUUUUUUUUUUCUGUCCUAAACUCCAUCAGCGCCUUUUUCAGCAUUAAACAGCGUGUCUGUCCGGGUUCACAGUG